AUGGGCUUCCCCAGACUGUCAGGAGCCCAGGCCAUCACACUCAAAAAGAUACUCCCCCCCCCCCCCCCGCCGCCCUCCUCCUUCUCCCCUUUUAUACGCCUUGGCGUAAAGUUCGAGAGCGCCGGGUUGGGUUGCGGGAUUACUCCGGACUUGGCGGAAGCCCGGCUCCCGACCAUCUAUUUGAAGGGUCCAGCACCGCUCUGCGUUACCAUCUCUGGCUUGGACUUGAGGUUGUCGUUCGGGGUCCCAGCACAGCCAGGAGAGUCGCAGGAACGUUCCUUACCCUCAGUCAUGCCUAAGGAUUUUUAUAUCGAAGGAAUGAACCUUUUUCAAGGAGCACAAGUAGUAAUAAAUGGAUCUGUACUACCUGCUGCCAAGAAGUUUAGCUUCAACCUAGGCAAGGAUGAAAAUAACCUUGCUUUCCACUUCAACCCACGAGUUAAGAUCCAUAAUUUUAGGAGGGUCAUCUGCUGCAACAGCCUUGUAAAUGGCCGUUGGGGCCAGGAACUAAGACAAACUGAUUUCCCCUUUGCGCCAGAAAAAAAGGUGGAGGUUGUCAUUAGCUUUGAAGGGACUCACUUUACCACGACGCUGCCUGAUGGCUUUAAGUUCACUUUCCCCAAUCGCUUGAACUUAGAGAAAAUUAACUUUUUGGGAAUUACUGGUGACUUUCAUUUCUCAAGUGUGGACUUUAAAUAGAGCCUUCCAAUCAAGCUGGCUUCAAACCAUUCUUGACCCUUGGGUCUCUCUUAUUCCAAAUAAAAGUA